AUGAAAUUAAACCCAUAUGCUGGAUUGUGGCAAAUUGCCAUGGAAAAGAGGGGGGAGAAAGAGAGUUGGGUUUGGGCGUCAUCAAUGGGCGUGGGGUGGUUGAGAGGUGGGGUUGAGUCGGGAGGGAGAGAGGAUUGGCGUGGAGAUGGCUGGGUGGUUCUUUGGGCAGCGACGGGAGAGUGGUGGUUGAGAGGUCGGGUUGAAUUGGGAAGGAGAGAGGGUUGGCUGGAGAAGAGAGAUGGGAAUUUUUUUUAA